AGGAGCGCGUCAUGUUUGAUUCGUUACAAGCAUGGCACCUGCCGUUCACGGUGAGUUCGCAUCACAGGCGGUGUGCAAGACCAAUCCACAGCUCAACCUUGUGAGGUUCCUUCUAUCUGCAACAUCGAGUGACGUACGAUUUGAUGUUUUGCAGAAUGUCAACGAGAGACCAACACUUGUGCUUGAAAAUGGCAAGAGGCUCCAAGGGAUAAGAGCAAUUGCUUGGUACUUGGCUUCUACAAUAAAUGAAGAAUGGAUAGGCAGAACAGCAGAGGAAAAAGCUCUUGUGAAGCAGUGGUUGGAAUUUUCAUCAGCCUUCAGUGAAGAUGAUUUGCAGGAAACAGAGAAACAGUUUGGCAGGAACAGCUUCAUUGCUGGACAUCAUAUGACUUUGGGAGAUUUUGCACUAUUUUAUGCUCUUCACCCAAUCCUGAGUCAUUUGAGUAUGCAGGAUAGAGAGAAGCUACCUCAUCUCUGCAGAUGGAAUCUGGAAGGCCUGAAAAGUAUGGCAGUGAAACUGAACGCCAAUGGAGUGAGAGUGUUAUGCAUUAUUGUAGGAGUUUUGUUUUUUGUUUACUUUCUUACACGUCACACACAACCAGCUGUUGUCAGCUUGGGUCAUUUGCUCAAAGUUGGCAUUGAAGCUGCAGAAAGAGGAGGUGUCAAAGUUGUGGAUGUGCGUGCAAAGGCAGAUCUCCAUCUACAAUCCAAAGGGAAGACCAAAGAAGGUGUGAAUGAUCCUGUAACUGAUGGAGAUGCUCUGUCCCACAUGUUCAUGUAUUACACCUUGAAAACUGUUUACCCCAAUCUAAGAAUUGUCAGUGAGGAACAUGAUGCAAAGGAUAUGGAUGUCAGCCAAGUCCCAUAUCCUUAUGUGGAUGAUGUUGUCUUGGGUGUUGAGGAUCAGUUUGUACCUGAGGACAACAUAGAUAUAUGGAUUGACCCACUAGAUGCAACCAAAGAAUAUUCAGAAAAUCUGCUUCAAUAUGUGACUACAAUGGUGUGCAUAGCUGUCAAUGGAAUUCCAGUCAUAGGUGUGAUCCAUAGGCCAUUCCAGAAAGAAACUUUCUGGGGAUGGGUUGGAAGGGGAACAUCUGAUAAUCUGCAUAAGGCAGCAAAAAGUGAAGGGAAGGCCUACAACAUCACUGUAUCCAUAAGUCACAAAGGAGAAGUGACAAACCUAGUGAAAGAUGCAUUUGGAUCUGCUGGAGUAGUUCAUGAUGCUGCUGGAGCUGGUGAGCAUUCUUUGUUUGGUUUCAAGUCUCUGGAAGUCAUACAGGGGAAGGCUGAUGCUUACAUCCAUUUGACAGCCAUAAAAAAAUGGGAUACUUGUGCUGCAACAGCUGUUCUUAGUGCAAUGGGAGGGAAAGUUACCACUCUUCAUGAUGAAGAGAUUGAUUUCUCAGCAGAAUCUGAUCCAGUUAUUCAACAUGGGCUUCUUGCUACUUUGUAUGACCAUGGCAUGUUUGUGUCAAAGCUGAAACCUCACCUGUCUAAGUACUUGCAUUCUAGGUGAUGGCAUUAUUUUCUAUCUAUGAGCCUUACAUGACACACACACAUUGUUUUGAUUUUAUUUCCAUACCAAAUCAUGUCUAAUUGAAAAAAUUAUCAGGUCUUUCCACUUCUAAUAAACACAUCAUGAAACUUGACUUUCUCCCUUUUUGAUUAAACUUGAGCCAAUGCUCAAAAACUUGAAAAAAUGAAGCACCCAACAAUUUAAAGUCCUUGUUUAAUUUGAUCUCAAAAUCAGGGGUCAUAAAAGUAUUGCCUGUUUUGUGACACGGCAGUACCAUUAUUCAUUAUUUUUAUAACUUCUCUUCUAAUUUUAUUGGAGCUUUAAACCAGUCUAUGACUAACCAUCUUGGACCACAAAAAAUACAAAUUCCAAAGGAAGGUCACAGGGACUCUCUGGGGUCCAAGUCACAACACAAGCAGU